CGGAAGACGGAGCCGGGUCGGCGCUAUGAAGAGAGCUGGAUAUAAAUAUUAUAGUCUAUUUCUAGAUAUCAACGGCUGAUUAAAAUAUUGACUGUUUUAUAAUGCCAGUGUGUUUUUGAAGAAAUCCUGCCGAAGUUGGACGAGGAGUGAUAUCGCAUUUGCUAGUGGAACCUACCCAGUGAUGGGAGAUGGAGGACAAGGGGCCUCGUGUAGCAGACUACUUCGUGCUGGCUGGUCUGACAGACUCCUCCACGCCACUGGAGCAGGAGAUCCACUUCCACGAUGUCUGCCACAAGACGGCCAAACCCAAGCCGCCCAUCACCGACGUCGCUGUGGUGAUGCGCUCGCUGGGGGAAGAGGUGCCUCCUGGGUACACGUGCGUGGAAUCCACGCCGUCCGGCCUGUCAGCUGACCUGAACAACGGAAGUCUCAUGGCACCACAGAUCUUCCUGUGUUACAGACGAGGACGGGACAAACCACCACUCACUGACCUGGGUGUUCUGUAUGAGUGGAAGGAGCGGUUGAAGCAGGGUUGCCACGUCAUCCAGACCACGCCCUCCGGACGCCCUGCCAACAUAAGCUCCACCUCCUCCCAGAGGAUCUACGUGACGUAUCGCCGCGCCACGGAGAGCCAGACCUACGCCGCCCUGGCCGUCACCGACAUCUGUGUCAUCAUCCCCGGCAAGGGAGAGACACCACCACACACCUUCUGCAAGGUGGACAAGAACCUCAACAGCAGUAUGUGGGGUUCCUCGGUCUAUCUGUGUUACAAGAAGUCUGUGGCCAAAACCAACACCACGUGUGAUCUCUGUUUUCAGUGGGGUUCCUCGGUCUAUCUGUGUUACAAGAAGUCUGUGGCCAAAACCAACACCACGUGUGAUCUCUGUUUUCAGUGGGGUUCCUCGGUCUAUCUGUGUUACAAGAAGUCUGUGGCCAAAACCAACACCACGUGUGGUCUCUGUUUUCAGUGGGGUUCCUCGGUCUAUCUGUGUUACAAGAAGUCUGUGGCCAAAACCAACACCACGUGUGAUCUCUGUUUUCAGUGGGGUUCCUCGGUCUAUCUGUGUUACAAGAAGUCUGUGGCCAAAACCAACACCACGUGUGAUCUCUGUUUUCAGUGGGGUUCCUCGGUCUAUCUGUGUUACAAGAAGUCUGUGGCCAAAACCAACACCACGUGUGAUCUCUGUUUUCAGUGGGGUUCCUCGGUCUAUCUGUGUUACAAGAAGUCUGUGGCCAAAACCAACAACACGUGUGAUCUCUUUUUUCAGUGGGGUUCCUCGGUCUAUCUGUGUUACAAGAAGUCUGUGGCCAAAACCAACACCACGUGUGAUCUCUGUUUUCAGUGGGGUUCCUCGGUCUAUCUGUGUUACAAGAAGUCUGUGGCCAAAACCAACACCACGUGUGAUCUCUGUUUUCAUUGGGGUUCCUCGGUCUAUCUGUGUUACAAGAAGUCUGUGGCCAAAACCAACACCACGUGUCAUCUCUGUUUUCAGUGGGGUUCCUCGGUCUAUCUGUGUUACAAGAAGUCUGUGGCCAAAACCAACACCACGUGUGGUCUCUGUUUUCAGUGGGGUUCCUCGGUCUAUCUGUGUUACAAGAAGUCUGUGGCCAAAACCAACACCACGUGUGAUCUCUGUUUUCAGUGGGGUUCCUCGGUCUAUCUGUGUUACAAGAAGUCUGUGGCCAAAACCAACACCACGUGUGAUCUCUGUUUUCAGUGGGGUUCCUCGGUCUAUCUGUGUUACAAGAAGUCUGUGGCCAAAACCAACACCACGUGUGGUCUCUGUUUUCAGUGGGGUUCCUCGGUCUAUCUGUGUUACAAGAAGUCUGUGGCCAAAACCAACACCACGUGUGAUCUCUGUUUUCAGUGGGGUUCCUCGGUCUAUCUGUGUUACAAGAAGUCUGUGGCCAAAACCAACACCACGUGUGAUCUCUGUUUUCAGUGGGGUUCCUCGGUCUAUCUGUGUUACAAGAAGUCUGUGGCCAAAACCAACACCACGUGUGAUCUCUGUUUUCAGUGGGGUUCCUCGGUCUAUCUGUGUUACAAGAAGUCUGUGGCCAAAACCAACACCAUAGCCUACAAGGCAGGUUUGUUUAGCAGGUAUCCUGAGGAGGACUAUGAGUCUUUCCCCCUGCCUGAGUCCGUGCCCCUGUUCUGUCUGCCCAUGGGGGCCACCAUCGAGGCCUGGCCGGCCCAGACUAAAUACUCCCUGCCUGUCUUCUCCACCUUCGUACUGACCGGAUCCUCUGGAGAGAAGGUGUACGGUGCAGCCAUCCAGUUCUACGAGCCCUACUCCCAGGACUGUCUGACCGACCAGCAGCGCUCUCAGCUGGGUCUGCCGUGGCUGGACCACGGGCCAUCUUCCCCAGCCACCUCCCCCUCCACCCCAGCUCCGGGCCCCAGGGCGCUACACACCAACAAGUGUAUCUGUUUGCUGUCUCACUGGCCCUUCUUUGACGCCUUCCGCAAGUUCCUCACCUUCCUCUAUCGAUACUCCAUCUCUGGACCUCACACCCUGCCCAUCGAGAAGCACAUCUCCCACUUCAUGCACAAGGUCCCCUUCCCCUCCUCCCAGAGGCCCAGGAUACUGGUGCAGCUCUCUCCUCACGACAGCCUGAUGUUGAGCCAGCCUGUGUCCUCCCCUCUACCACUCAGUGGUGGUCGGUUGUCCAUACUGCUGCAGAACCUCGGUCCAGAGAAUGCUAUAACGCUCCUGGUGUUUGCUGUGACAGAACAUAAGAUCCUGGUCCACUCUCUACGGCCCGCUGUUCUGACCAGUGUCACUGAGGCUCUGGUGGCUAUGAUCUUCCCAUUCCACUGGCCGUGUCCGUACAUCCCUCUGUGCCCGCUGGCCCUGGCAGGAGUCCUCUCCGCACCCUGCCCCUUCAUCGUGGGUGUCGACUCGCGCUACUUUGACCUUUACGACCCCCCGCUGGACGUCAGCUGUGUCGACCUCGACACAAACACCAUCUCCCACAACGAAGAUAAGAGGGCCCUGACCUGGAAGAUCCUGCCAAAGAAAGCCUGUAAAAACCUGAUGAAUGUGCUGAACAAUCUCUACCAGCAACUGGUGGACGGUCAGCAGCGUCCUGAUGGCCUAUUGGAGCUGAGUAUGAGUGACUGUACGGAGCUGGCCUGUGGGAAGAGCCUCCACAGCCUGGAGAUGGAGAUACAGGAAGCCUUCCUCAGGUUCAUGGCGGCCAUCUUGAAAGGCUACCGCUCAUACCUGAGACCCAUCACUCAGGCCCCGUCUGAGAAGACUACUGACGCCUCCUCUCUCUUUGACCUGCAAGGGUUCCUGAAGAGCAGAGACCGGUCCCACCAGAAGUUCUACUCCCUGAUGACCAAGACUCAGAUGUUCAUCAGAUUCAUAGAGGAGUGCUCCUUCGUCUCAGACAAAGACGCCAGCUUGGCCUUCUUCGAUGACUGUGUGGACAAGCUCUACAGCACAGACAAAGGAGGCAAGGUGGACAGCGAUAAGCCAGAUGAGACCAGGCUGAUAGAGAUCGACGAAUCACAGCGCAGCGAGCACACAGUCUUCAUCACACCCCCAGAACUACCCCAUCUGCCUGAUGGAGAGGAGCACCCACUCUGCUACAGCUAUGCAGGUUUCCCGGUGUUGAGUCUUGAUCUGUUUGACCCCGUGGACGGCCUCCGACCCCCUGCCUCUCACCUGGCUGUCCGACAGAGCUGCCCAACCAGCCCUGCACCCAUGUUCAGACGCACCAAACAGGAGAUCAAGUUGUCUCAGAAGUUAGCCAGGAAGUACUCUUCCAUCCCUCAGAUGUGGUCCAAGUGUCUGCUGUGCCACUGCUACGGCCUGUGGUUCAUCUGUCUGCCAUCCUACGUCAAGGUGUGCCACUCCAAGGUGCGGGCGCUGCGCACCGCCUACGAUGUCCUCAGGAAGAUGCAGGACAAGAAACUACAGCCUCCCGACGAGGUGUGUUACAGGGUCUUGAUGCAGCUGUGUGGUCAGUACGGCCAGCCAGUCCUGGCGGUCAGAGUUCUGUUUGAGAUGAAGAAGGCUGGAGUCCAACCCAACGCCAUCACCUACGGUUACUACAACAAGGCGGUGUUAGAGUCUACCUGGCCCUCCAGUACCAGAGGAGGUUACUUCAUGUGGAUGAAGCUGAGGAACGUGGUUAUGGGUGUGGCUCAGUUCAGACAGGCGCUACGCAAACAGCAGCCUCCACCCACUCAGAGUCCUCUAUCAGAUGGCAGCGACCUGGACGCUGUGAGUCACGGCAGCCUGGAUAGCUCUAACACGGCCGAGCAGGGCCCCUACGCCCCUGACUCCAUCAAAGUAGACCCCACUGACGAUAGGCGUAGCACAGUCAGCCGCGGGGACUGGGGCGGUGUGGGGUCGGACACCCGGUCGGGUCACUCACACUGGGGGGGUUCUGCCCUCCACUCCCCCCGCCACUCAGGGGAGCAGUCAGACCUGGGGUAUAACUCCCUCUCUAAAGAAGAGGUGCGUAGAGGAGAGCCCAGCCUGCUGGACAGGGACAGCACCCAGGACAAGGACAACAGGAAGGAGAGUGACUGCAGCUCCUUGUCGGAGACCGAGAGUGCUAAGGGCGGUGGAGGCUGUCUCCCCCAACAGGACUUCCCAGAGGUCAACGGUCCAUUCAAGCGGCAUAAUUCCGGCAUCGUCCGCGGCAAUUGUACCUAUGACGAUGCAGCCUGUGAGCCCAAGGGGUCAACCAGCACAGACUAUGUAGCAGGUCUCCUGUUGAGCUCCUCUCUGAAUGAGAUAGGUGUGGUUGAGACCAACAGUCUGAGGAAGAGACAUCUCAGUACCCUUGAGGAGGGAGGUGGCAGUGGGAGUAGUGGAGGAGGAGGAAGAGGAGGCCAUGACUGGCAGGGUGUGCGAGGGUGCAGACUGAGUGAAGCCAACAGGGUUGGCAGUGGUAGCAGUGGUACUCCAGUGUUGGGUCUGGGACUGCACCAGGGAGAGACUGACCCAGCCAGGAUAGCAGAGAACCUGGGGGCAGACAGCAAGAUCCUCCAGGGGACCAGCUUCCGCCAGACCAACAGGCCGCGGUCGUUAGUCCUGGGAGGGUCAGAGGGGGUUGGAGCAGCCGGGGGUAGAACCAGGCACUGCAGACGUAGAGACAGCCCUGAAGACGGAGAGGAGAGGGACUGGAGUGACGAGGACAAGAAUAACACAGACGCCAUCUUUGAUCUGGAGGACCUAGAUCUGGACGGACCAACCACAGAGAGCGUUGCUCAAACCAGCCAAUCACGGAAGAGGACGGUGGAACGCAGCGCCAGCUAUAGCGGUGUGGGUGUGGCCUCAGCCUCGCGGGGCACCGUUAAACGAACGGGGAUCGAGACAGGCUUCGACCCGCUGUCCCUCCUGGCGGCCGAGUCCAAGUCCCAGGGGGACAGAGAGGACGACCUGGAAGUAGAGAUGGAUGGGGUUACGACCCCUACGGGUCGGCGCCAGGACCACCUGGCUAGGGAGAUAGAGAUGUACAUGAACCAUAUGGGUUCUCCUCUGACCAGCCGGACCCCCAGUAUGGACCUCCAGGACCCCUCCAGUCCCCUGUUCCUCCACCCUCCUCCCCCACUCAUCACCACCCCUCGACGGGCCAGUCUCCCCCAUACCUCCCCUCUCAGGACAGGAGGAUUACCUCGCUCCAGGACCCACCACUUCCCCUCGCCCUCCCAGCCUGCCAGACAGAGGCUCUGGUCCUCACCCCCCUGUCCCCGCUCCACGCCCAGCCCGCAGCCCAGCCCCUACCGGGAGAGGGAGAGAGACAGGGACCUGGGUUUGCUGUCCCCUUCUCUGUCCUCCUCCUCCUUCGCUCUGGACCAGCUCCUCACCCCCACCCUGGAUGUGUUCAAGAGCAGCGUGUUCUCGGCAGGGAAAGGUGUGGCAGAGAAGGCUAGCCGGUGGUACUCUCGCCUGGCCACCUCCUACACCGUGCCUACCAAGGAGGGUAACUGUGACCGUCUGAGUGUGUCCUCUCUGGGCAUGGACCCUGACUGCUCCUCCCUGUUGGAUGUGGAUGAGGAGGGCCUGGGGGACCCAGACGGCUCCAUCAUCUCCCCUCAGAGAAAUGGCCCCGGGUCCCGUAGGAGCCCAAGGAGAAGCCCGUCCAGACGCAGUUCCCUGAGGAGCAGACUGGACAGUCCCACAUACAAACAGACAGGCUUUCCUCCCCCAGACUGCUCUGAUCUGGGCUCGUCUCGCUACACCAGCAAUACCAGUGUCUUCCAGAACUACGCCAUGGAGCUGUUGAUCUCCAGCUGUUCUCGCUGUAAGACGUGCGACGGUCUGGUGUACGACGAGGAGAUCAUGGCAGGAUGGACGGCUGACGACUCCAACCUCAACACCACCUGUCCCUUCUGUGGGAACCCCUUCCUCCCUUUCCUUAACGUAGAGAUCAGAGACCUGAGAGGAACUGGGAGGUUCUUCCUGAAGAGCAGUCCGUCAGCGGACGAGGCUGUGUCAUCGUCCUACUCUGUGUCCACCGGUCUGGACACCGGAACGUCCACUCUGUCCACUCCCUGUCCCACUACUGUCCUGUCUCCUCUCUCACCCAGGAUCACUGUAGAGGGUUGCUCUGGUAACAACAGGCUGUCGUCGUCCAGGGCCCAGUGUAUAGAGAUCCCUACAGAGCGGCGCCAGGGGGCCCUGUCCCCGGGGUCAGCUAUGGUGCGGAGUGUCAGUGCAUUUGACCCCAUGGAGGAACCAACUCGACUCAACCACAAUGUACCCACUUCAGGCAGCCUGCCCAGCCGACUCAACGAAGCCAGCGACCCCCUGAGUGUUGAUAUGGAGUGGCGUCUCCACCACCCAGAACCAGUCACAGUACCCUACCUGAGUCCCCUGGUGCUGUGGAAGGAGCUGGAGUCCCUGCUGGAGAACGAGGGAGACCCUGUUAUCACAGUGUCAGCCGUGGUGGACCACCAUCCUAUCAUCUACUGGAACCUGGUUUGGUCCUUCAGACGUCUGGACCUGCCCAGCAACCUGCCUGGACUCAUACUGACCUCCGAGCACUGUAACAGGGGAUCUACGGUCCCUCGCCACUGGAUGUCAGAGGACAGUAAACACGUGUUGGUCCAGAUUUUAUGGGACAACCUCAAGCUGCACCGGGACCUCAUCCAGCCGUUCUACAUCCUGUGGAACACACAGAGGCUUAACUGUGCUCUGUUGUUAGACAGUGUGGGCUACCCGUUGUGUCGUCCUGUGAGCGAGGCGGAGCGUCCGUUUGGGGAGGAGCUACUCCACAGCGUGGUCAAGAGCAUCCAGAGGAACGACGUCUCUCGACCAAUGGGACAGCUCCUACAGCUGCUGGGGCAGAGCCUGGGGGUCAAGAGGCAAAGGAGUCUGUACAGAGACAUCCUCUUCCUGUGUCUGGUGGCUCUGGGAAAGGACAACAUUGACAUCGACGCGUUUGACCGUGAAUACAAGAUGGCGUACGACCACCUCAGCCCCAACCUGGUGAAGCUGACGCACAACUGCGACCGUCCGCCCAGCGCUGGGGUCAUGGAGUGUCGCAAGACCUUCGGAGAGCCCUACCUCUGAACUCUGACCCCUUUACCCCUGACGUGUCACCUCCGACAGACACUUCAGCCUCCACCCGGGCCAGUCACCUCCGUCACUCAGCAUAGCACAGCCGCGGGUAGCACACGUGGGUUAGGGUUCAAGAGAUCUUUGUGUCCAUGAAAAGCGCUGUAUAAAAUCCAUGUAUUACAACGGUGGCUUUCCCAAAGAGGACUGAGGAUUGCUUUAAAGACGAGCUCAGGAAUCCCUUUAGAAAGACUUACAGAAUGUGUGAUGACACGGUGAUGUUUUGGGUCGUGUCCGUCACCUGUGAGAGACGUGACGGGGCUGACCAGAGACUAACGGAGCUGACCAGAGACUAACGGAGCUGACCAGAGACUAACGGGGCUGACCAGAGACUAACGGAGCUGACCAGAGACUAACGGAGCUGACCAGAGACUAACGGGGCUGACCAGAGACUAACGGAGCUGACCAGAGACUAACGGAGCUGACCAGAGACUAACGGGGCUGACCAGAGACUAACGGAGCUGACCAGAGACUAACGGAGCUGACCAGAGACUAACGGAGCUGACCAGAGACUAACGGGGCUGACCAGAGACUAACGGAGCUGACCAGAGACUAACGGGGCUGACCAGAGACUAACGGAGCUGACCAGAGACUAACGGAGCUGACCAGAGACUAACGGAGCUGACCAGAGACUAACGGGGCUGACCAGAGACUAACGGGGCUGACCAGAGACUGACGGAGCUGACCAGAGACUAACGGAGCUGACCAGAGACUAACGGAGCUGACCAGAGACUAACGGAGCUGACCAGAGACUAACGGAGCUGACCAGAGACUAACGGGGCUGACCAGAGACUAACGGGGCUGACCAGAGACUAACGGGGCUGACCAGAGACUAACGGGGCUGACCAGAGACUAACGGAGCUGACCAGAGACUAACGGAGCUGACCAGAGACUAACGGAGCUGGCCGACCAGGGUGUUAUUAUGUAGUCUUGACUAGUCUCACAAAAGGGGAUGUUUAUAAAAUCCCAUCUCAUCACCUGGUUGUUAUAGGUUCUGGACGUACCCCUCUGGAUGGAUGGAGAUCACACAUUUUGACGAGUUCUAUUUCAGGGGGACUUAUGUUUUUAAGAAAUCUUGUACAAAUUGUUACAUAAAAUACAAAAUGUACUUUAUAUACGACAGUAGUAGUAGGGACCUUUUAUAAAACAACAUUUGUAUUAUAUAGUCAAAUUAUAGAGACUAAUAUCAGCAAUAUUUUACUUAACUUGAAUUCUAUUUAUACAAAGUACGACUUUUAUUUAUUUUAGUCUGUUUUAUUUGUUUAGAUGGAUGUACUGGCUUCCUGUCAGGGUGAAACAUCCAUUUCCUCUCCUCCUGUGGUUGAUGGAUGUAUUGGCUUCCUGUCAGGGUGAAACAUCCAUUCCUCUCCUCCUGUAGUUGAUGGAUGUAUUGGCUUCCUGUCAGGGUGAAACAUCCAUUCCUCUCCUCCUGUGGUUGAUGGAUGUACUGGCUUCCUGUCAGGGUGAAACAUCCAUUCCUCUCCUCCUGUGGUUGAUGGAUGUAUUGGCUUCCUGUCAGGGUGAAACAUCCAUUCCUCUCCUCCUGUGGUUGAUGGAUGUACUGGCUUCCUGUCAGGGUGAAACAUCCAUUCCUCUCCUCCUGUGGUUGAUGUCUGUUAGAAAGUUCUAGUAGUAUUUACAGUGAGGAGUGUAACUGUCCCUGUUACUGUACCACACUGAUGUCCAUCGUAAACUGAACUAAGCUGGUUUGAAGUAUUGUAUCAGUGAGGGCGUUCAAAGAUUCACUCAAAACAACUAAAGUCGCUUUAAAACUGCCAAAAUGUUGCGUUAAAUAUUUUCGCUGCACUUUACAACAGAUGUUGUUGUUGACAAGACGUAUCCCAGUAUGGAUUGAUUCGUUUAUAAAUAUCUAUUACAGAAAUACCCAUACUGAGUCGAAUACUUUGACGUUUACAAAACUGAUUGACCUCUGUUUUUAAAGUAGUGUGCGGUUGUAAAACUGACUUUAACAUCUUUGGCACAACAUGCUGUAUGAAUCGGCUCCUCAGAUAUCAGUAUUAAUAUCAUUAAAGUGGAAGUACCUUUUAAAGUACCUUCGAGUUAAAGUUGGAGUACCUUAUAAAGUACCUUCAAGUUAAAGUGAAGUACCUUUUAAAGUACCUUCAAGUUAAAGUGAGGUACCUUUUAAAGUACCUUCAAGUUAAAGUGAAGUACCUUUUAAAGUACCUUCAAGUUAAAGUUGAAGUACCUUCAAGUUAAAGUGAAGUACCUUUUAAAGUACCUUCAAGUUAAAGUGAAGUACCUUUUAAAGUACCUUCAAGUUAAAGUGAAGUACCUUUUAAAGUACCUUCACGUUAAAGUGAAGUACCUUUUAAAGUACCUUCACGUUAAAGUGAAGUACCUUUUAAAGUACCUUCAAGUUAAAGUUGAAGUACCUUCAAGUUAAAGUGAAGUACCUUUUAAAGUACCUUCACGUUAAAGUGAAGUACCUUUUAAAGUACCUUCACGUUAAAGUGAAGUACCUUUUAAAGUACCUUCAGGUUAAAGUGAAGUACAUUUUAAAGUACCUUCAAGUUGGAGUACCUUUGGGACCUCUGUGUACUGUUAAGAACAUGUAGUUACCCUUUUGAUAAAUGGAGGGAAUAUUGCUACACGACAGUAGGUUCCGUGUUUCAUGUCCUUUCAUAUUCUCUGUACUUCCUGUACGUGUGGGCCUCUCAUCAGGUGUUAUAAACUGUGAAUAGUGGGUUUAUGACAGGGAAUUUACAAGGAAAGGGUGGGUUGUUCAAUAGUUUUGAGGUGACUGUCUGUUCCCCUUCAAAAAACUUUUUUAGAUUUUAAUUUAUGUGUUUUAGAACCAAAAAAUAAUCAUCCAAAACGGUACUAUGGUACAGUGUAUAUACUGAACAAAAAUAUAAACGCAACAUGUAAAGUGUUGGUCCCAUGUUUCAUGAGCUGAAAUAAAAGAUCCCUGAAAUGUUCCAUACGCACAAAAAGCUUAAAUGUUGCGCACAAAUUUGUUUACAUCCAAAUUUGUUUAUCCUUUGCCAAGAUAACCCAAAUCAAGAAGCUGAUUAAACAGCAUGAUCAUUACACAGGUGCACCUUGUGCUGGGGACAAUUAAAGGCCACUCUAAAAUGUGCAGUUUUAUCACACUGCAGAAUGCCACAGAUGUCUCAAGUUUUGAGGGAGCGUGCAAUUGGCAUGCUGAAUGCAGGAAUGUCCAACCGAGCUGUUUCCAGAGAAUUGAAUGUUCAUUUCUCUACCGUAAGCCGCCUCCAAUGUAAUUUCAGAGACUUUGGCAGUACGUCCAACCGGCCUCACAACCGCAGACCACAUGUAACCACGCCAGCCCAGGACCUCCACAUCCGGCUUCUUUACCUGCGGGAUCGUCUGAGGAGGAGGAGGGGCGUGCUGAAGAGUAUUUCUUUCUGUAAUAAAACCCUUUUGUGGGGGAAUUCUGAUUGGCUGAACCUGGCUCCCCAGUGGGUGGACUUGGCUUCCAAGUGGGUGGGCCUAUGCCCUCCCAGGCCCACCCAUGGCUGCGCCGCUGCCCAGUCAUGUGAAAUACAUAGAUUAGAGGCCUAAUGAUCUUUAUUUUAAUUGACUGAUUCCCUUCUAUGAACUGUAACUCAGUAAAACCUUUGAAAGUGUUGCAUGUUGCGUUUUAUAUUUUAGUUCUGUUAGGAGCUAUAAGUCCAGAGUUGGGCUUUAGUAAGAAUGAUUCAUACCAUUGAUGUGUAGGUGAGUCUAGAGUUGGGCUUCAGAAUGAUUCAUACCAUUGAUGUGUAGGUGAGUCUAGAGUUGGGCUUCAGUAAGAAGGAUUCAUACCAUUGAUGUGUAGUUGAGUCUAGAGUUGGGCUGCAGUAAGAAGGAUUCGUACCAUUGAUGUGUAGGUGAGUCUAGAGUCGGGCUUCAGUAAGAAUGAUUCAUACAAUUUUGGAAUUUGGUUAACUUUCUAAAUCGACCAAUUUGAAAUGGAAUUGAGCCCGUACCCUGACUGAGUCCCUGCAGCAGUCACAAGUUGUAAUUUCCCAAAGCGGAGGGCCAGUUCAGCUCUGGUUUCUAACCCACGUUAAGGACGUCAGGCCCGACACAACAUACCAACCUUCGAUAACUUGAUACGUCCUCAAACGUUUUAGAUAUGAUCCUAUGUCUAUGUUCAUCUAUAUACACGUGUUCUGUUCUUCUUCCAUACAAGGUACUAUGUGAGUAACAACCUACGUUUGGGUUCAUUGUUCAGCAGCACAAAGGAAUGUUCCAUUGGCACAUCACCUGCAGUCAAAACCGUUUUUUUGGGGGGGGGG